AUUCGGGUAGAACAGUCUAGAAGGCCAUAUCGAUAUCACGUGAUUUGUAAGUAUUUUAUAAAACAUGCGCACACCAGCGACUUGGUAUAGCUUGACAAGAUGUCUACACUAAAGGCUGCUAGUCUCAUUCUUUUCUAUUGCCAGUUUCUGCGACCAGUUAUAGGCCAGAGCACUCUGUCUGAUUCGAACCAUACUGUCACUGAAGAUUAUUCCGGAUCAGAAGACCACGGAGCAACAACGAAAGAAUACUCCUACACGAAAGAAAUCAUUGCGGCUGCUGUUAUUGGUACCAUUUGCUUUGUCAUGUUGGCAAUGUUACUCUUAUAUUUCAAACCCGGGAGGAAAGACAGUGCAUGUUACACUAAGGACGACCCCGCUGACAAAGACGAUCAAGAUGUUGAAUUAAAAGAAAUUUUCAUAACAGAUCAAGUUAAAGGUGGAAGCGACACAGUUUAGAUGGAAAAGUGAUGGCCAUACGUAACAAGAGUGGACGGUGCAGGGAUUCGGGGUUUUGGCAAUCGAAAUUCAACCUUUACCUGACGGUGAAAAGUUGAAUACAGUACAAUACGAAAUACAUAGUACAUAUAUAUCAUAUAUCAUAGAAUGUUCAAAACAGCAUCGAACUAUCACACCUUUACUUAUUGUAUGUAAUAAAAGUACAAUUCUGACAACGAAAUGGUGAUAUUUAAAGGCUGUGCUUACAAGCUGACAGUUGAAAAUGGGUCUGCUUAUUUUUGACCUAUUUUUUCACAGUGAUUGCCUCCCGUUUAUUAUGGACGGUAAGAUAUUAAGUGCCUCAAAAUGACCAUAGCAAUAUCGAUAUAUGGACUAAGCGACACGCACUUCCUCUGUAACACGAAGUCGUCUUUCGUCCAGACACCACCCCUUCACCACAAAGCACCAGCUGAAGAGGAACCUAACAGUUAAAAGGGUUCACAUGUGUUUGCCAAAGUAAAAUACUUGAUUAAAGACAUCAUCAAUUUAUCAUUUUACGAGUUUCUAGUUUAUUGAAAUUGUCAAUAUUUACAAAGGCUGUAACGUGUAAAAUAUGACUGGAGUUUAUUAAAAUGUCUUAGAAUUGAG